AUGAGCGAUCUUCUGGAAAUACCCGGAGAGUUCAAGACGUGGGUUCUGCGGCGACAUCGCAUUUUGGGUAAGGGAAACUUUGGGUGUGCGACGCUAUAUGAAGAAGUUAAUAAUCCUGGCAACUUCGUCGUUGUGAAGGAUGUUAACAUGCAGACGAUGAAGAAAGAAGAUGAGAUGAAGGCUCUGGAAAUGGAGGUAACUAUACUUCGCCGCUCUCGUGGCCAUCCAAACAUUGUUCAAUUCCUUGAUUACUACCACGAUGGAGAGUUCAUGGCCUAUAUUGUAAUGGAAUAUUGCGAACGUGGAGACUUGGCCAAGCUAGAAGAAGAAUCAAAGUUUCGUGCAUCACACCAGUCAGAGAGUUUCGUUGCCUCCGUACUGAUACAGAUGCUUGCUGGUCUCUAUUUUUUACACGUGGAUCAGCACACAUUACAUCGCGAUAUCAAACCGCAGAAUUUAUUUCUAUGUAGCGAUUACACACUGCGCAUUGGGGAUUUUGGUGUGUCAACGAUUCUUGAACAGUUCGGUAGUGUGGCGAAGGCAGUAUGUGGCUCUCCGUUUUAUAUGGCACCAGAGUUGUGUGAGGAAAAAGCAUAUGAUGGUAAGGCUGAUAUCUGGAGUCUAGGCGUUACACUGUACGAGUUGAUGGUGAUGGAACGGCCCUUUGACGCCACAUCUGUUCCAGCUCUCACGCGGCAAAUCACGCGUGGGACGUACAACCCAAUACCAUCUGAUCUUCCGUAUUCUAGACAGUUGGUAGAAUUGGUACAGUCAUUCCUUCAAGUAUCUACUACAACUCGUCCAACACUACGCCGCGCGUUACGAAGCACGUUUGUGCAGAGUCAUCUUUCUUCUCUUCCUCUUAGCUGUCUCGAGUCAUCACACUAUUCCAAACUUUUUGGUGAAGACCUUAUUGAGAAUGCAAUAAAGAAUAUAAAAAAAGUUGAUCCCAAAAUAAACAAUGGUAAGGGUAAUAAUAAUAGAUUUGAAUUUAGUGAAAAGGGGAAUCAUACUCUAGUUUCAUCAUCUCCUCCGAACGACAUGUCAGAGUUAGAGAAGUGGCUGGAGACUGGGAAGGAUGCUGCCGAAGAUUUUCUUGGCAUUGGACUUCAAAAGCGAGAAGUGACAGUGGGACUUGGGUCAAAUCAGCGACCUAACGAUAGUAGCAUAACUGAAAAACAAAAUUUUCUGACGGGGAGUACCCCAUUGGAUAAUAUAUCACACCAGAAACAACAACAACAACAACAACUUUAUCCUCAGAAAAAUGAUGCUGAGGAAUGGGAUAAUGCCUAUGAGGAUGACUUUGAAAGUGAGAGCAGUAGUAAUUCCCAAUGA